AUGGCGGACGCACUGACGUACUAGAGCUGCGGAACGCCCCCGAUGAGUCUACCUAUUUUAGUGUCGACAGAGGGCGCCAGGACGCUACUUCCCCUCCAGCUCCACGUGACACUCGUCUGUCACAGUGGUAGUCCAAAGCAACUCGAGCGACUUCAGGCUUCUGCAAACUUACCAUUUGAUGCCAUGUCCCUGUACCGAAACACCAUCUGGUUUUUAAACGGAAUACACCAAUAUACAAGAAAGGGAUAUGAAGCAGCUUCUCAAAACUUUGAGCCCCAGGACCUGGAUGUUUCAGUUGUGGGAAGGUCUUUUAUGGUCACUGGAGCCAACAGCGGAAUAGGCAAAGCGACUUCCAUGGCUAUAGCCAAGAAAGGUGGGAGAGUGCACAUGGUCUGUAGAAACAAAGAUAAAGCUGAACAGGCCAAGGGUGAUAUCAUUCAUGAAUCUGGGAAUACUGAGGUGUACGUCCAUAUUGUGGACUUGUCCGAAUCACGCAAAGUGUGGGAAUUUGCCGAGGCCUUCAAGAAGCAGUAUCCGUCUUUACAUGUCUUGAUCAACAACGCGGGCUGCAUGAUCCACAAGAGAGAGGUGAAUACUGAAGCCCUGGAGAAGAACUUUGCUAUCAACACAAUGGGCAUGUACCUUCUCACUGAAAGUCUCAUACCGCUUCUACAAAAGAGCCGGGAACCGAGGGUGAUCACCGUGUCGUCAGGGGGGAUGUUGGUCCAGAAGCUCCAGAUUGAUGACUUGCAGUCAGAGAAAGGAGACUUUGAUGGUCUCAUGGUGUACGCCCAGAACAAGAGACAGCAGGUGGUGCUGACGGAACAGUGGGCCAAAGAGUACCCUGACAUCCACUUCUCUGUGAUGCACCCGGGCUGGGUGGAUACACCAGCCGUGUCCCAAUCAAUGCCGCAGUUCCACAGUAUGAUGGCGCAGAGGCUGCGCAGUCCAGAGCAAGGAGCCGACACUGUGGUAUGGUUGGCCUUAUCCAGGGCUGCCGGCGGAACCCGCAGCGGAAAGUUCUUUCAAGAUCGGAAGGCCGUCCCAACCCACCUGCCUCUUGCUUGGACUCGCAGUUCUACAGUGGAGGUUCUGACUUUCAUCUCUCAGCUGGAGAUGCUGGCCAAAGCUGUGCAGGCAAAGCCGACUGGAGUGCUGAGGGAUCAAGUAGUAUAACUCGUGACCAUUCAAACUGAUUAAAUCAAGUAACGUGGA